AUGAAAGCAGCCUAUGGUGCAGUGAGCAUGCACGUCACUUGUAAGCGGGAGGACAUGGUAUGGGGUCCUGACGCGAAUGCGUUUUCGCUUUUUUCGACAACUUCGUAUGAUCCUGGAAGGGCGACUGCGCAAACGUGGCCGGAGUGGAUGGGUUGCUUGCACGGUUAUGAAAUCAAUUUCAUUUUCGGCGAACCUUUUAAUAAGAAAUUCAACUACUCUACUGAAGAGCAGGAGCUCAGCAGCAGGUUUAUGCGCUAUUGGGCAAAUUUUGCCAGAACUGGGUGA